UUCACAACAGGCUUCUCGCAUUACCCACACUCUCUUCUGUGGACUUUCUUCACACACCGCUAUCAGAAAACCCAAAAACAAUGCCCUUCACGACGGCAUCCUCCAUGCUCCGCCACCGAGUCUCCUCCGCCCUCAGAACCCGCGGCGGAGCAUCAUCUGGGAGAUGGACAUCGCCGGGACAUGAGGAACGACCGAAAGGUUACUUAUUCAAUCGGACCCCACUACCACCUGGACAGCCUCGUAAAUGGGAAGACUGGGAGUUGCCUUGCUACAUCACUAGCUUCUUAACGAUUGUGAUCCUUGGUGUUGGUCUCAAUGCUAAGCCUGAUCUCACUAUUGAAACUUGGGCUCAUCAGAAAGCACUUGAACGACUCGAGAUGGAGAAGUUGGGCCUCUCCGGUUCUUCUGAUUCUGAGUGAAAUUGGAGAUCCGGGGUCUGCUUUUGCUUUACAAAUUAGCAUGGCCAGUUGCGGAACAUCAGCCCGGAUAUAGUUGCUCCCAAGAGGUUGUGCCUUGGCUCACCUGCAAUAAAGUGAUUUUUCAUUCCCAACUUUUGCAUUUACUGUUUGGUUAGACAUAGUAAAUAUGUUUUAUGUAGUUUGUUGUUAAUUAUUAGAAGGAUGCAGCAUGUCUGAAAGAACAAUGAGUGCAGGACAUCUCUUAAUAAUUCGUAAUUUUGCUCGUGUUCAUGGCGGUCUCCCUAGGGGAGACUCGUAUUUUGGAUAUGCGUUUCCAAAUGAGUUUGUUUUGAAGGGUUGUCGCGCUGGUUUUUCCUCGUUUGCUGUU